UGAUGCCUCAUAUGGGGAAGAAGAAAACAUUAAAGGUAUUUACAAUUGCCAAAAUAAGCCCAUCACCUUUAAUCUUUGAAUUUUCUACUAUCUUAAAAUGGAAAAAUCUGAUUGUAUAAGAGGCCAUUCUUCUUCAUCAAAUGAAUCACAAUUGUAAAAGAGAGCUAAGAGAGAGAGAGGGAAAACAUGAAAUAUUUGCACUAAAUAGCAUUAAAACUUUAGUCAUUUUUCCUAAAUAGCACUUAAAUUAUUUUAUUCUCUAAGUAGCACUUAAUGAUGUCCAUUAUGUCUAGUGAUGGCAAAUAUUGACUAAAAGUGCUACAUUGGAAAAAAAAUACAUGUGGUGCUAUUUAGAGAAAAUCAUUAUGUUGUAGUGUUAUUUAAAUGGCUAACGAUGAGGGGGAAAAAAUAAAGAUUGGAAAAAUUGGAAGAUGAGAUUAUUGAAGCUAGAUUUACUGUAUCCGGCCUUCAAAAAGUUGUUGCAAAAAUNCCCCCCACGGGACUCGAAUCCACAACGGUUGGCCAAGGAAGAGCAGAAACUCCAGCAAGAGGAGAAAUAUCUAGCCUCCUUGGAGAACGAACGGGACAAGCUGCUAGCCGGGGGAGGGGAUGGGAGCUCCUCGUCAAAGGCGUAGGGAAUCUAAUGUGUGACCCAAGUGCGGGUUUGUGUGUCAACCCAUCGUUUUAAUAAAUUCCCGUGCUUGUUCCGUGUUUGUGUAAUAAAUUCCCGUGCUUGUCCGGUGUUUGUGUUUGAAUGUUUUUUCAGGCCUCGUUUGGUACACGGAAUUCAAAUUAUGGAAUUGGAAUUGAAAACUUCAAUUCCAAUUCUGGUGUUUGGUAGCACAAAAAUUAUGUGGAUUUGGAAUUGGUAGUGUAAAAAUGAAUUGGAAUUAGUAAAUUCAAUUCUAUGGAAUUGAGUCUCUAUGUAAUUUUUAUUCCAAUUCUAUCAAUUCCGUGUACCAAACGGAUCCUUCAGUGUUUGUUUGGUGUUUGUUAAGUUCUUUUUUUAUUUUUAAAAGUAAUAAAAAACGGUGUUAUUU